AUGGCGACUGCAUGCAGAAAACUCCUGCAAAGCAGGCAAGUGGGAACUCUUCUCAUUUUCCUGUGCUUAUCUGUGGGGGGUGCGGCAACCAUUCGCUAUUCGGUGGCAGAGGAGAUGGAGAGCGGCUCGUUUGUAGCUAACGUGGCUAAGGACCUGGGGCUGGAGGUAGGGAAGCUGGCUGCGCGUGGGGCGCGGCUUGUCUCCGAGGGCAAUAAACUGUAUUUCCGGCUCCACCGCAAGACGGGGGAUCUGUUCGUGAAGGAGAAACUGGAUCGGGAGUCACUCUGUGGCAAAGCUGACCCAUGCGUUCUGCACUUUGAAGUAGUCCUGGUGGAGCCACUGCAGUCCUUUCGCGUGGAGGUCAGGGUAUUUGAUAUCAAUGACAAUGCCCCGGUUUUCCUAAACAAGGAGCCUCUGUUAAGGAUUCCGGAGAGCACCCCCCUGGGUUCGCGCUUUCCUCUGCAGAGUGCCCAGGAUCUGGACGUCGGCCUCAACGGUCUCCAAAACUACACCCUAAGCGCCAACGAGUAUUUCCACCUGCACACCCGCUUCCGCAGCCACGGGCCCAAGUAUGCCGAACUAGUGCUGGAUAAACCCCUGGACAGAGAGGAGCAGCGGGAAGUCAACAUGACAAUUACAGCUGUGGACGGAGGGUCUCCACCCAAAUCUGGCACCGCCCACAUCCGGGUGGAGGUUCUGGACGUCAAUGAUCACGUGCCCCAAUUCUCUCGACUGCUGUACCGCGCUCAGGUACCGGAAAACAGCGCCAACGGUUCCCUGGUGGCUACGGUGACUGCCACCGACCUGGACGAGGGCUCCAACAAGGCGAUAACUUACUCGUUAGCUCAAAAUCCAGAAGUAAUUCUCCAGACAUUUCAGAUUCACUCUGAAACUGGAGAGGUUCGACUAAGAGGGCCCCUAGAUUUUGAAGCGAUUGAAACAUACGACAUUGACAUUCAAGCUACCGAUGGAGGAGGCCUCUCUGCCCACAGCAAAGUCCUGGUGGAAGUGGUGGAUGUUAAUGACAAUCCUCCUGAAGUUACAGUCUCCUCUGUGUCCAGCCCUCUCCCUGAGGACUCUCCACUGCAGACUGUCGUGGCCCUUUUCUCUAUCCGAGACCGGGACAUUCGAGUGGGAGGAAAAAUCACCUGCUUCCUCAAAGAAGACCUUCCCUUUGCAGUCAAACCUACAUUCCGGAACUCCUACUCACUGGUCACUGACAGAGGCUUGGAUCGGGAGGAGGUCUCUGGCUAUAAUAUCACCCUUGUUGCCAUGGAUACUGGACCACCCACUCUGUCCUCAGAGACUGUGAUAGAGGUGCUAAUAUCAGACAUUAAUGACAACCCCCCAGUAUUUCAGGAAGAUUCCUACAUCCUGACUGUUAGAGAAAACAACAGCCCUGCAGUUUUUAUUGGCAAAGUCCGUGCUGAGGAUCUAGAUUUGGGUGAGAAUGCCAAAGUAACAUAUUCCCUGUUGCCUCCAAAAAGUGGAGAUCUAUCAGUCUUUGCUUACAUCUCCAUAAAUUCAGACAAUGGGAAACUCUAUGCACUGAGAACGAUGGAUUAUGAGGCCAUUCAAGAUUUUCAGUUUGUGGUAAAGGCAACUGAUGGGGGCUUCCUGUCACUGAGUAGCCAGGUUACUGUCAGAGUGGUUGUCCUGGAUGACAAUGAUAACCGUCCAAUGAUCUUGUACCCACUGCAAAAUGGCACUUUGCCCUGCAAUGACCUGGUGCCCAGGUCUGCAGAGGCAGGCUACCUGGUGACCAAGGUGGUGGCAGUGGAUGGUGACUCGGGUCAGAAUUCUUGGCUUUCAUAUCAUCUAUUUAAAGCCACUGACCUUGGGUUAUUCUCUGUUCAGCAACAAAAUGGGGAAAUCCGUACAUUGCGGCAGGUAUCUGAGAGAGACCCCAUGAUGCAGAAACUGGUCAUUCUUGUUCAGGAUCAUGGCCAACCAGCUCUUUCUACUACUGCCUCACUUAACAUUCUCCUGGUAGAUGGCUUUUCUGAGCCCUAUCUGCAGUUUCGGGAUACAUUUAAGCAUCCUACAAGGGUAAAUCCAUCCACUAAAUAUUUAGUCAUUUCUCUGGCUGUGCUUUCCUUUCUCUUUCUCCUCUCUGUCACAGUGAUCUUCAUUAUACAUAUCUGCCAGAAGAUUAAACACAGAGAAAAGUUCACAAUUCAAGAGCAUUUCUAUGAUGACUGCAAUUUCUCUAACAACCUGGCACAAGGAGGAGCCAGUGGACCCAUAUCACAGCCUUGUCCCUAUGAGAUGUGCUCAGCCACUGGCACUAGCAAUAGUGAGUUCCGGUUUCUUAAGCGCUUUAUGCCCAACUUCCCUUUCCCCCAUGGAACUGGAGACGCAAAAACAGAGGCUGGCUCCAGAUUACCACCAGAUUCUGAUAGGAACAGGUCUCGGGGGUCAGAGGGCCAUGCCCAAGUAUCUGAUGACUAUAUGUAA